AUGAUCCUGCUGGCCGUCAUUAGCUCCUGUCGCGCAGUCACGCUGGAGUCCAUCCUCUGGAGCAGCUCCAACGCAAAAUUUACUCCAAGUCAGGGUCUGGUCCUGUAUCCUCAGAUCGGGGACAAGAUGGACAUCGUGUGUCCCCGUGCAGAUGCUUUCUCUGGGGAGAGGGAGGAGUUCUACCGAGUCUACCUGGUCUCCCGAAGUCAGAUGGAGAGCUGCACCAUCGACAAGACGGACACGCCCCUGCUGAACUGUGACAAACCUCACCGGGACGUGAAGUUCACGUUCAAGUUCCAGGAGUUCAGCCCCAACCUGUGGGGUUUAGAGUUCCUCAAGGGGAGGGACUAUUAUAUCACCUCCACCUCUGCAGGCUCUCUGCAAGGUCUGGAUAAUACUGACGGAGGGGUUUGCAGAACCAAAUCCAUGAAGCUGGUGCUCAGAGUCGGCCAAAACUCUUCAGAUGCACCUUCAACACUCCAAGAGUCUCCCACCAGAUACCCACCAACACGAACAACAGCCAAAGUCUCCUCUGACACGGGCUCAGAAACAGGACAAACAAACCCCAGUGGCAGCAGUGGCCCUGAGCCAGGACUGUUCAUGUGGGUUCUCUCUGGCUGCGUGAUCCUCCUUCUGGUCAUCAUAAUUCUGCUGGUUGUGCUGUGGAGGUAUCGUCGCCACAACUGUGUCCCAGAUAGCCAGCAGUCUGCCUCCGUGUCCCUCAACACUUUGGCUGUGCCGAAGCGGGACAGCAUCAGCAGCGACAACAACAGCUCGGACCGCAGCGACGCCGUCUUUCCUCUGCGGGCUUCUGACAGCAUGGUCUGCCGUCAUUAUGAGCGUGUGAGCAGUGACUAUGGGCCCCCUGUGUACAUAGUUCAGGAGAUAACGCCGCAGAGUCCUACCAACAUCUACUACAAAGUCUAGUGUUUGCUGCUCCUGUGCCAGAAGAUCUUACAACUGAACCGGUGUGGACACGCUCAGGCUUCAGUCAAUGACACAACACUUCUAUUGAUUAAGUUUUAAAGGGGGUGUGAAGGAAGGUCACACCGGCUUAUCUAAGAGCUGUUAUACUGGCCAGAUAUCAGCGUUAUCCCUGUGUCGAACUGAACCACUUUGUUUUCUUGAAGAGACAAUAAGAGAGGAAGUUGACGUGUCACCUCACAUCACAUCAGUGUUCAGUUUGGAAGCGUGCAGCAAAUGCCAGAGGUGGAUUGUAACUAAGUACAUUUACUCAGGUACUGUACUCAAGUACAAUUUUGAGGUAUCAGUACUUUACUUAAGUAUUUCUGUUUCAUGACACUUUAUAGUUCCUGCAAAGCCUCUGAAGAACGUUAAAGAUAUGAUGAAAUGUUAGAAACAUUACUGUCCAACAAAAUUUAAAAUCUGGUUAGCUGAUGAGUCAGUUAUUACAACGGAUCAAUUGUUGAGUCAUUUUUUUAUGCAAAAAUAUAAAUUUUUCAUGGUUUCAGGUUCUAAAAUUUGAUGAUUUGCUUUUUUUCCUCGUCAGUGAACUGAAUCAUUUCAAGCUUUGAAAUGUUGGUCGGAUAAAAGGUCAGGCCAAGAAGAGGUCACUUAGAGCUCUGGGUAUUUGUAAUGCAUCAAUUAUGUUUUACAAACCAAACAAACGGAUUAAUCUGUAAUAAAGUAAUGUAUACACUUACACUUAUUAUUUGUCUCUGCAUUAAGUUUCGCUUUUGAUAGUUGAAGUACAUUUUCUUGAUAACACUUUUAUUUAAGUAACAUUUUGAAUGCAGGACUAAAGUGUGC